CUGCAUACCAAUGCCUUUAAUCUACUGUCUCCAUUUCCUCGAGUUAAAGACUGUACAUAUAGUACUGGAGACAGUUUGCGUUUGACAUCUGGGAGACAGGACUCUGCUUUGCUGUCUCCUGCUGCAGAGGAGUGGUGGUAGACUGGUGGGGAAGUUGUUGUGAAGGAAGUGGGUUUGUGCGUCCCACGCAGAGGAGGGUUUCCGGUUAAAGUUUCCUUUGUGAAUCCGAAGUGGCGGUGUGAUGCCAAAGCCGUUUAUCCUCACAGACCCAACACACAAGUGGCGACCAUGAUAAAACCAUUCGAAGCUCUGUCCUUCUGAAAUGGGAAAACGCCCCUUCAGGAUUUUGUAAUACAGGUCUCUCCGUCACCCUGGCAACGCUACACACACAGAAAGGGGAGGAGCCAAGUCCUGGCAGAAUGCAAGUCGCUGGGACGCCAGGCUCAGCCCCGAGCCCUCAGAGCGAGUCAGUGACCAAUGAGCUUCAGGAGCUGUCCCUUCAGCCUGCUCCCAACCUGCUGCCUCUACAGGAGCGCAAGAAUGUACUCCAGCUCAAACUCCAGCAGAGACGAACACGAGAGGAACUUGUCAGCCAAGGGAUCAUGCCACCACUGAAGAGCCCGGCAGCCUUUCACGAACAGCGGAGGAGUCUGGAGCGAGCAAGGACUGAGGACUAUCUGAAGAGGAAGAUCCGAAGUCGUCCUGAGCGCUCUGAGCUGGUCAGGAUGCACAUUCUGGAGGAGACGUCAGCAGAGCCAUCCCUGCAGGCCAAGCAGCUGCAGCUCAAGCGAGCAAGACUGGCAGACGACCUCAACGACAAGAUAUCCCACAGACCGGGUCCUAUCGAACUGGUUCACAAGAACAUCCUGUCUGUCAGCUGCCCUCUACAGAACUCACUGCUGGAUUCUCCAAAGGGAGCCGGGGGAGAGAGCUCGUCUUUAGAUGAAGACAGCAGCGAUGCUCUGUCACCAGACCAGCUAACCAAUCACGACUCUCCCCUGAGUGCCGUCCCUCAGCUGUCCCCCUCCGAUGCACUCACCCAGAAUGGGGACAUUUCUCCCACACAGUUCCUUACUCAGCUCCCUCCUCCACCGCCUCCACCACCUCCUCCCCAGGUGAAUGGCUCAGAUUCCUCCCAACUCCCAAAAUUGACAAAUGGAACCACGCUGAACUCAGCAAACUCCCGCCCCUCUACUGGACAGGUCAAGUCUCAGGCCAAGAUGAGUUCAGAUCGUCCUCCACAGAGACCUAAGAAACCAAAGGACAACAAACCCAAGGUGAAGAAGCUGAAGUACCACCAGUACAUCCCUCCAGACCAGAAAGCAGACAAGGAGCGUCCGCCACAGAUGGACUCGUCCUACGCAAAGCUCCUCCAGCAACAGCAGCUCUUCCUGCAGCUGCAGAUCCUCAGCCAGCAGCAGCAGCACUACAACUACCACACCAUCUUGCCUGCCCCUCCCAAGCCUCCAACCGAGCAGCCUCCCACAGCCAACUCUGGCCCUUCUCCCUCUCGCAGCGUUCCCACAUCAACCACCCUGGCCCCCUCCAGUCAGAGCGGCACUGCCCGUCAGAGCCAAACUGCAGGGGGAGGAGCCAAACUCGGCACUCUGCCAGCCAACCUGGAUGAGUUCAAAGUUGCCGAGUUAAAACAGGAACUGAAAUUACGCGGUUUGACUGUCUCAGGCACCAAGAAUGAUCUCAUUGAGAGGCUCCGCAACUACCAGGAACAAAAUGGCAGCACCACAGCGGUUUUGAAAAAUGGCAUAUUGCAGCCCAGCCAGCAGGGCACUAACUCAGCUGCUAGCACCAUCACAUCCUCUCCAACCACAACUACCGCCCUUGACCACCAGUCAGGUGAGGGUGGGUUUAAGUUAGCUUUGUCCUCAUUGGCUCAUGCGGUACCUGGGAGAGUCAUGCGUUUUGGCAGCACCAGCUCCAGCCCUCCCGUGUCGCCGACUCCAUCUGAGAGGUCUUUGGCUGGGAUGAGUCCAGAUGAGACGAGCUGUAACGGAGACAUGUUUGGAGAGAUGGUGAGCUCUCCCUUGACCCAACUCACCCUGCACCCAUCUCCUCAGCACCCAUCAAACAUCUCUCCGCUCUCACAGCUACUCUCCAAGGUCAAAGAGGAGAUCCAGAGCCCAUGCAGCCUGUCCAGGUCUUCAGCUGCCUCGGUCCAGCCUCCAGAGGCCCUGCCGGGGGUAGCCAUGGAAACGUCCUCCAUGGACAAGGAUCAGAUGCUCCAGGAGAAAGAUAAACAGAUUGAGGAGUUAACCAGGAUGCUGAGGCAGAAGCAGAGGCUAGUGGAAACCCUCAGGUCCCAGCUGGAGCAGGGUAAGAUGGCGAGUGGAUUAGUGGUGGAGAAGGAAGGAAGUGAGAAGAGCAAAACAUUACCAGAGGUUAAGCUUCAAACUCUAAUAAAAGCCUCAGCCAUUCAACCCCCGACUCUUCCUAACGGUAUAGUGGUGAAGGUGAAGAAGGAGGUGGAGCCGGAGGAAGAAAUGGAGGGCGUAACAGAGGAGGCCCAGGCAAGGAAGCUGGCCCAGCCGAUGCAGUGCUCUCAGGAGACUCUGCUCAGGCUCCAGCAGAUUCAUCGGCUGCAGGUCCAACAAGCUGAACAGCAAAAACAGCAGAUACAACAACCCAAACAGCAGCAUAGUCAGGUGCAACUGCAGAAGAUGGCAGAUGCUAAGUCAAACCCUCAAAAACAACAGCAGCAAAAAAAAGAAGCUCAAAUCCUGCUCCAUCAGCAGCAGCAACUCCAGCAACUUAUCAUACAGCAAACCCAACAGAAACAGCUCCAGGCCCAGCAGAAGUUAGCACAGCAGAAACUGGCCCAGCAGAAACUCGCACAACAGAAGCUGGUGCAGCAGAACCAGCUCAAACAAACCCAAGGGCAGGUUCAACAGAGCCAGCAGAAGAACCAAGUCCAGCUGAAGCAGGUUCAGGUGCAGAUCCAGAACCAGACAGUGGCAAGCCAGAAGCCCAAUGUGACCCAAACCCAGCAGAGGAAACACCUGAAGGCUCAGCAAAGGCAGCAGCAGAAACAGCAGGCAGCAGCUGUCGCAUCACAACAGGUCACUCCAGUCCUCAUCAACCAACAGAACGGCACUCAGAUUCACACUCAGGCCAUUUCAUUAGACCUCCUCAAGGCCAGUGGCACACCCACACUGGUCACCGACAGCAACGGCAACCACUACCUGAUCGCUCUGACCAGUCACACUACAGACGGACAGAAUGGAGUGUCCUCAUUGGCCAAAACCAAUGGACGCAUCACACUGCAGAGAUUGCAGUCGACUCCAAGUAAACUCCCCAGCACCGACAGUCAAUCAAAAGAGCAGACACAGGCCGAGACUGUGAGCCAGCCAAUCAAAAAGGGACAGAAGACGGGGCUGCACCUGGACACCAAUGGUGUUCCACAACCCAGCCUGUCAGUCACAGCUCCGCCCAACCUGCAGCCCUUCUUCGACGACAUGUCAGACAGUGAAAGCCAGAGCAACUUAAUCUCUUCUCUCAAGAGAGAGGAGGUGUGUCCGCCUUACGACCGGCACACACUGUUCACCCCUCCCUCUCCCAAACCCAACACCUCCCUUCCUACUCAACACUCCAAACAGGAGAAUGGCGUGAAUAGUCAGCAGAUGGACGACCUGUUUGACAUCCUGCUCAAGAGUGGAGAAAUCCCCGGCUUCAAGUCGAACCCGGACCCUUCCCUCGCCCCUCUCCAUUCUGACCCGCCCUCCCCCUCUUCUCCCCCAUCUCCCCUCCACCUCUCCCCUCCCACCCCUACAGAGCCCCUCAUCUCCCCUCAGCCUUCAGUGGGAGAGCCCUGCACAGGCAGCGGACGCCUGGAGGACUUCCUGGAGAGCACCACAGGCGCCCCACUGCUGGGCGUGGAGCCCGACGGCGGUCUGACGCUGAUCGAUGACCUCCACAACCAAAUGCUGAGCACGCCCAGCAUCCUGGACCACCCUCCCUCCCCCAUGGACACAUCUGACCUGGGCUUCUCCCCCCAUUCUACGGGGUUGGACUUUGGCGACCCCACCUUGGACAGCAUGGACUGGCUGGAUAUCUCCAUGGUGGGGAGCGCCAGCGGAGGGAGCGGGGGCGGCGGAGGGGGGAGAGGAGGAGGAGGCGGAGCUGUUGAAGGAGACGGGGGGACGAGUCUGGCCCCGCUGGCGCCGCACACUCCGCCGAGCGUCUUCUCGGCCGAUUUUCUGGACAGCACAGACCUGCAGCUGCACUGGGAGUCAUGUCUGUAGCUCCGCACACAGAUGGACACACACUCGCUCACACUGUGUACAGGCUCUGUCUUUAUUUCAUGCACAUACAGAAACCUUCUCUAUGCUGUCUCUACCACUGCAGGGGUCACUGGCACAUGCAAACAUACGCACACACAUUUACACAAUUUGCCCUGUCUUUCACUGGCUGUUAUUAUAUGGAGGAUGAGGUGAAAUAAGAAAGAGAUGUAGAAAUUAAAUUCAUAGAAAGGACUUGAACUGAAGUGGACUUUUUGGACUUUAAUUCUGUGGGGAUUCAUACAGUAGACCGUAAAAUCCCAUCUCCUGUGUCCUGACCUGCAUCAAAACCGGAUCAAAGCGAACCAGCAGAAAACUGUAAGGUCCGUGUAAUAAUGUCAUUUCAACCCUUGGAAACAGUUUGACAGAUGAGAGCUGAGGAGAGACUUUCAGUGGCGUUUACUCCUCGAGAUAGCAGAGUGUGUGUCAGUGCCUCCUAAACUUUGCACUUAUGCUGAAUCUGAUUGGUUUAAAGGGGGUGUUCAGGUCAACAGCCGAAUCUUAGCGCUGUGCGGUGAGGCCGAGUCAACGUCACCAUGUGUGACAAUUGAUCAGCUGAGCCGCUGAAGGUGUGAAAAGAAAGGCGAGCAGUUGGUGGCGGUCUCGUCGCCUCGCUGUGGUAACCUGGAUCUCUCGCACACUAGUCAAAAAAAACAACCGUCAUUGGUUGACAGUUGCUAUUGAAAUGAACCAUAUCAGUGGCAACAGUUUGAAUUGAAGCCUCAUUGGAGGUUGCUUAUUAUUGGUAACAUUAUGGUAGACCACUAUGUAUUGCUGUAUAUGGGGUGUAUAUUAUCAAUUGUCCAUAUGACUAUUUUUCUUUGCUGGUUGCUUUAGAGUCGAGCUGGCCGGCUGGGGAACAUAGGGUGAGGGCGGGGCUUCCAAAAUACUUGGACCUUGUCAUUUUUUAAAGAAAAAAAGUUAAAAAAAUA